AUGUAUCUAGUGGGACAGGACAAGUUGAGCAAGAUAACGGAGAGAGGGAGUGAAUCCGUAGUACUUCGUAUGUAGCUGCCAAUGGAAAUAAUGGGGGAGCCAAUAGGAAUGCAUCAUAAAUCAGAAAACUAUAGUGAUAAAAUAAAAGUUAAUGCAUUAUUUCUUCAAAAAAUAAUGGACCUCCCUCAUGAUCUUAUACUACAUGAUAUUGUUACAAGGCUACCCAUCAAAUCCAUACUCCAAUACAAGUCAGUUUCCAAACAAUGGUAUUCUUCUAUCUCAUCUUCGUGUUUUGGUAAUGCUCAUUUCAAAUCAUCAUCUCCAAAUCAUCUCCCUUUUUCGUGUAUAAACUCUGUUCUUAUCCAAUCCAAGAAUGGUUAUUUUCUAUAUUCCUUUGAUGAAGAUAAAGGAGAAAGAGAAUCAUGUACUAAUAAUGUUGAUUAUGAGAAGGGUUUGUUUAGAUUAGAUAUUGAUUUUGAUGAUGAGAUUAGUCUUAUUGGUUCAUGUAAUGGGUUAGUAUGCUUCUAUUCUUUGUCGGGUUACUUGAUUGUUUUGAACCCAAUUACACACCAAAAGACUAAGUUUAUGUACCCUUUAUUGGAGGGUUUUCGAGAUUUCAGUUUUGGGUUCGGGUAUGUAUCUUUGAACAAUGAUUUUAAAAUUGUUAGAAUCAGUGAAUCCGAGGAAAAAAGAGGGAUAAUCUUAGUUCAUGUUUACUCAUUAAAAACUCAUAAAUGGAAACAAGUUUAUGAUGAGAGGAUUAUUCAUGGGUAUUCCCUACAUAGGAAGCCUACAUUGAGUGGAGUUUUGGUUAAUGAGACUCUAUAUUGGAUCAUGUAUGAAAAAGGGCGUAUUGAGAAACAAGGCGUUUUGGGGUUUGAUUUGGUCCAAGAAAGGUUCAAUGAAGUUAGCGGUUUGGUCCCUAGUGACUCUUAUUUAAGCUGUUUUCGGUUCCUUGGUUGUAUGGGCGGGUUCUUGGGUAUGGGCCGGGUCACCAACCGUGGUGAUGUGAGUAUAUCGGUUUCAAAACAGAAUGGACAGAUUGAAUAUAUUGGACUUUAUAGGGAUAUGAAUCUAAGUUCUUGUUGUUCUGUAACUGGAUUUACCAAAUCUGGUAAGUUUUUCAUUCAAUUAGGUGAUCAGGAGUUAGGAUUAGUUGAUCCUAACUCUUCGCCUAAGAAGUAUACUCGGGUUGUUAGAUUUGGAAAUCAAGGUAGUAUUCGUGUGUUGAGUUAUACUCCGAGCCUGAUCUCCCCUUCUACAGGAAAGGCAAUAUCGAUAACAUGGUUGGAGACUUGGAGUUGAAGCUGAGAUUGGUGGACUGACAUUGAAGUUACUUCAGAGAAUGAAGAGCUUAAUUGUUAAUUUAUGUGUUAUUAAAGUAGUUGAUCUGAAUUGUAUUUUGGGCGUAUAACUUCUGAUUCUGUUUAUAUAUUGUGGAUUUAGUGGUGCACUAUUGAAAACAAGAAAGCUCAUAGACUGAAUACAAAAACUUAUA